AAUAAAGUUGUUAAACUUUCCAAUUUUAGAAAAAUCGAAAUAGUGAAAUUAUAUUAAAAAAAGUGACCAAAACGGAGUGAAACGUCAACAUUAUAAUUGCAAGCAACGAUUGUUAACAACUGUUUUAAUUAUUAAAAGUUUAAAAAGUCUCAAAGGAUCUUAACAACAAGUAUUAUCUGAAAAUUACGAAGAAAACUAACAAAGGAAUAUUGCAAGUGUUCUAAAAGAAAAGUUGAAUUCUAUGACAGGAUAACACUCCUCGCGUGCAGCAAAGAUGGCCGAGUUGAAGGAGCAACCAAUCAGAAGGGAGCACGAUUCGAUGGACGAUUUUGAGCAUCUCGAGCAUGUCCAGGAUGGACAAUUAAGUCACCUGGAAGCUAAUACUGAGAAAGUAGAAGAAAAUCCGAAGCAUAAUUUUGAUAUGGAACAGGAUAUGAUUAAUUUCUCUUCUAAUCAAUCUUCAAACGAACCAGAAGAUCCAAAAAAAUCUACAAUGUUACUGUUAGAGUCGGAGAAAGGAAGACCGGCUGAGGAAAGUAAUUUUGAGGUUAGACCGAAGGAACUGGAAUCUGACUUGUUAUCAGGUAAAAUAGGGGAUCAGUCAGAGGUUAUGGAAAGCGAUCUGGUCAAUAAAAAGAACGAAGAAAAGCAAGACGUUGCAGAAAAGGAAGAAGUUAAAGAAACCAAAAUUCCAGAUCGCGAACCUGAAAUCGUUCUCUCCACUGAUAACAAAAUAGAUAAUUCAUGGAAUAUUAUCGAGAAAUCUCCAUCUGUUUCGGAGUCAAUUUCGAAACCAGAAACAAAAGAAGAAAGUGUAAGUGAAUAUGUGCUUGCCGAUAUAGAGAAAAAAGAACGGAUCAGUGCACCGGAAACCGGAGAAUCCGAAUUUGAAUCAGAAAUUGAAACAUCACCAGCGAAAAGUUUAAAAUCUGUAAAGCAAGAAGUGAGAAGAGAACCAGUAGAGGAAGUAGAAAUUGCAUGUAGAUCGUUUUGCACCAUGGGAAUCGGCGCAUGGUUUAACCCCGAUAGACUGAACCCACAAGUGGCAGCUCUAAUUUAUUGGCGUGAUCCGAAGAAAUCAGGCCCCGUGUUCGGCUGCAUACUAGGAGUGCUCCUUUCGUUGGCCUAUUUCAGCUUGAUAAGCGUUCUUGCUUAUUCCUCUAUUUUUGUUCUUAUAUGCACCAAUGCCUUCAGGAUUCACAACAUUGUCCUUCAAGCCAUCCAGAAAACUUCCGAUGGGCAUCCCUUCCAAAAAAUUUUGGAAAUGGACUUAACGUUGCCCGCGGAUAAGGUGCAUGAAGUAGCAGAUGUGGCCAUUGCCCACUUCAACGCAGGAGUCAGCGAACUUCGUAGGCUCUUCUUUGUCGAAGACUUUAUCGACUCCUGGAAAUUUGGUAUCUUUCUUUGGUGUUUCACCUAUGUGGGCUCUUGGUUCAAUGGCAUGACUCUUAUUAUAAUUGGUGUGGUUGCCUUAUUCACACUACCGAAAGUCUACGAGACAAAUAAGGCACAAAUUGAUCAGAAUAUAGCCGUGGUGAAAAGCAAGCUUAACGAGAUCACUACUAAAGUGAAAGCUGCGAUACCAUUUGGUAAGAAAGAACCAAAGAAGGAAGAAUAAAUACAAAUACGUAUCAUCACGCGGGGGCAAUAUAAACUUAAGCGAGUUUGUCGGACAGUUACGGAAUCCACGCAGGAACGAAAGAAAGAACGGUUACUCGAUAGAAUCGUAAAGAUUAUAUGAAAGAAAAGAAGAAAUUAAAAAAAGAAAUAGAAAACAAAAUAUACGAAGUUCAAACGAAGAAUGAUAAGAGAAAAAUAUUUACAAGAAAAC